AUGGAAAGAGAAAUCGAGAAAGAUAAUAAUAAUACAGGCGAGGGACUUACGGGUUAUUGGAUAAGAAGAAAGAAAGGAGGAGGACUUGAUUGGAAUUAUGUCUCUGCAGCUUCAGUUCUUCGCGUUCUGGCUCUAAAACGUCCUUUGGAUUCUCUCUGCAAAUCAGAGCAGGCUUUGAGGAGAGAGCAGGAGGAGGGUGGUGGUGAUGGAGGGGAGGGUGGUGGUGGGUCCUACAACAGGUUGGAAACUUUGGAGGUUGGCUUGGCUUCGCCGUGGUCGACGUUUUCGAAGGGGGUAACCGGUGACCGGAGAUAG